UUAAUAAAAACAUGACUUAUCCUUGCGUCAUGACGUCAUUUUCAUUAUUAACCUAGGGAGAGAAAUUCAAUUUUUUCUUAGAAAAAUAGAUUGAAUAAUGAUUAUUUCUCAGGUUAGUAAUAGAAAAAAUAUUUUGUGCUUAUUUAUAUUUAUUUAAUUUGAAAAAAUAAAAAUAAAAUAAAAAGUAAUGUAACAGUCCGGCCCUGUAUUGCAUAGGAUUAUAAAUACUUUUUCAUCUCUUUCUAUUCGACGUGACAAACAAAGAAAAGAAAACUUAUCGGAAAGGAAAAUGACAUUGACGUUUACAAGCUUACAUAACCUCAAUUAUUUGACAUUGAACUGAAGUGAUGAUUUGAUUACUUUUCCUUAUUUUUAUUUUGUAUUUUGCUUGCUGUACAAAUACUACAAAAUAGGUAUGUAAUUUCAUGAAACUUUCUAAUCAUACAGUACUUAAAUAUGAAGCUUGAAGCGUUGUUUAUACAUUUUUAAGUCAUGAAUUUCCUUCGUAGGACAUUAGGAUAUUUGUUUAAUAAAAUAGGACUAACAAGAUCACUUGCAAUGGAUACUGAGGAAAAUUAUUUGUAUUAUUCCAACCAAAAACUACUGGGACUUAUUGCGUUGAGCAAGGACAAGGAUACUGGAAUCAGGGAAUAUUUACGAACAGUUAAAUAUGCAUCUGUAAAGGACUUUAAUGCAGGACUAGAAUGGUUCAAUGUGACUGAACCUUUAUCAUUCAAUAAACAUCUAAAGGGAAAGAUUGUUGUCUUAGAUUUUUUCACUUAUUGUUGCAUAAACUGUAUGCAUAUUAUACCAGAUUUGAGGGAAAUUGAAAGCAAGUUUUCGGUAGAAGAUGGAUUAGUUGUGAUUGGCGUUCACAGUGCCAAAUUUGAAAAUGAAAAGGUUUCAGCAAAUAUACUCUCAGCAGUGCAAAGAUAUAAUAUAGGCCAUCCUGUUGUGAAUGAUCAAGAUUCGGAAAUGUGGCAAAAUUGUGAUGUGCAAUGCUGGCCCACUUUGUUAAUGUUAGGGCCUGAUGCAAAUCCAAUAGUUAUGUUAACUGGUGAAGGGCAUAAAGACGAGCUUAUUGAUUAUAUAAGAGUGACUUUGGAGUUUUAUAAAGAGAAAAAUCAAAUUUCCAAUCACAAACUGCCAUUUAAAUCUGCAUUCCAUCAUUUGCCAGAUCUUAAAGGACCAUUACUAUUUCCUGGGAAAAUUUCAUUGUUUGCACGUGAAAAUGAUCAAAUUUUAGCUAUUUCGGAUACAGGCAAUAAUAGGAUUUUAAUUACUGACACUAAUGGCACUAUAUUAAAAGUCAUUGGUGGGAAAAAGCUUGGAUUCAGAGAUGGAAGCCUGGAAAAUGCCGAAUUUAAUAAUCCCCAAGGCUUGGCAUUUCAAAACAAGAACGUACUUUUUGUAGCAGACACUGAAAAUCAUGCUAUAAGAAAAAUUGAUUUGGAAAAUGGUAGAGUUGUGACUGUUGCGGGUACUGGACAACAGGGCCACGACAGACUGGGUGGCAGACAAGGUUCAGAACAGGAAAUUUCCAGUCCGUGGGAUGUGUGCAUUUACAAAACACGUGAUAUGGAUUUGACUUUUCAUCCGGAUGGUAAACCGCCAAUUAAGGAUGUUUUAAUCAUUGCCAUGGCAGGGUCGCAUCAGAUUUGGGCGUUAUUUUUAGACGAUACUGUUUGGUGGAAAUGCAAGAAACAUAUUAAAGGUACCUGUAUAAACAUUGCUGGUUCUGGCAGAGAGGAAAAUAGAAACAACAGUUAUCCACAUGCAGCAGCUUUUGCACAACCUUCGGGAUUGGCACUGUUCCCCAAAAACAAAGAAAUUUAUAUUGCUGACAGUGAAAGCUCUAGCAUAAGAAGAUUAUCUUUGGUUGAUGGCAAAGUUACUCAUGUCGUCGGUGGUGAUAGAAAUCCUAAUAAUCUUUUUGCCUUUGGUGAUCAAGAUGGGACCCUAUACGAAGCCAAACUGCAACAUGCUUUAGGCGUAGCUGCAGCUCCAGAUGAUAAAACACUUUAUGUAGCAGACACUUACAAUCACAAAUUGAAAAAAGUGGAUAUUGCGGAAAAUACAAUUAACACUUUACAAUUUAGUAAUAAUUUAGAUGCUACAGAUGGUGAUUUUCUAAAUUUCAAAGAACCGGCCGGUCUCUGUUUGAGCCCUGACGGCAAGAAAAUUUAUUUGGCCGAUACCAAUAACCAUCAAAUAAAAGUGAUAACUUUAAGCAGGAACCAUAAUAAUAUUAAUAGAAUAGAAAAGUUGCAUUUGAGGGCCAAUGAUACGCCCUCGAUUACAAAUAAAACUUCGAAAAAUACUCUGUCACUAGCUAAGCCACUCAAGCUAAGCAAUAAAGGUGGCAAAUUGGUUUUAAAUUUUAAGUUGAAGUUUUCCAAUGGCCUAAAACUAACGGAAGAUGCACCACAAAAGUGGAUAGCUGAACUUCCUGGACCAACUUACUCUUGUAUACCAAAAAAUGGUACUGACAUGAGUAACAUAGACAUGGUAUUAAGCAUACCAUCACAAAAUGAUAAAACUGAGGAAAAAGUGGAUGUAUGUUUCAGUUUGAUCACUUGCACUAGUGAAACCUGUCUUCCGACGGUUUUUGCUAUAAGAAUACCUAUUGAGUUCUCAGAGAUUGAGAAUGUUAAGGUCGAAAGGGAUGUAAAUGUGAUUGUGGAUCCUAAUAAUAUCAAUGUUGAGUAAAAACUAUCAGGACAUUUUUUAGCUAGUUUUGUUUUUUAAUCAAAGUUUUAAGCUACUUCAUCUAAAUAAUGUUUUGCUGUUUUUUUGCUAUUAGGAAGCGAAAUAUUAUGAUUUUUAAGUAAGAUUUACUUGGGACAAUAAAUAACGUAUGUCAACUCGUACUUGAGUUGUAGGUUCUAAAUAUUUUGUUACAUUAUGCUUAGGAUUGGAUUGUUUUAAAAUUAUAUUGUUUAAAUAUUAACUGGAUUAUUGUGUAUGUUUUUUUUGUUUCCCAUAUUAUUUAUAGAGUUAUUGGAAUAAUUUUUAUAGAGAUUUAACAAUUUGAAAAAAAACUGUUGAAAAC